GGGUAGCGGGGCUCUGGGUAGUCGGGGGACGUUCAUUUCUCCUUGGCCUGAGGGAAGAGAUACUGUCUUUUCCUUAAUCCUGGAUACUAUAUCCAAAGUCAGAACAUCAACUCCAAAGCAGAAAGCUUCUGAAAAAGAAUAGUGUCAUGGCAUAAUGUUAGACAUUUUUCUAAAUGAUGGUUCCUAAAACUUUGCAAUAGAAGAAUUGGAAUUUGAUAACUAACUUGAGAAACACUAGUAAAAGUGAAUUACAAGGACACUCAGUUAAAGCAAAAUCAUUAAUAUAAUAAUUUUCAGGAAAUAUUUAACCUGAGCUCAACUCUUUUCAAACAACUGAGAGCUUCUAAAGAUAAUUGUGACAUAAUUAUGACAAAAAUGAUAGAAGCUUAAAGCAUAGGUAUCAGUUGAUUUUUUUAAAAGGCAACUCAUAAAUGGAAAAUAAUUGAUUAGAUAUAAACAAGGAUGCAUUUUUAUCUCAAACCUUACUUAUUCUGGAAAAAGUUUAAAUGUAAAGCCAUAGUUCAGUACUAAUGGAACCUAAGAAAAUUUGUAUGAGAGAGAAGCAUGAAUGUAAACUAUGCGGUAAAUCCUUUAGCCGGAACACUAAUCUUAUUCAGCAUCAAAGAAUACAUACUGGAGAGAAACCUUACGAAUGCAAUGAAUGUGGAAAAGCUUUUAGUCAGAGCACUAAUCUUAUUCAACAUCAAAGAGUCCAUACCGGGGAGAAACCUUACGAGUGUAGCGAAUGUGAAAAAACUUUUAGUCAUAGGUCAUCGCUUAGAAAUCACGAGAGAAUUCAUACUGGAGAAAAACCCUAUCCUUGCAAUGAAUGUGGGAAGGCUUUCAGUCAUAUUUCAGCCCUUACUCAACAUCACAGAAUUCAUACUGGAAAGAAGCCAUAUGCGUGUAUUGAAUGUGGGAAAACCUUCAGCCGGAGCACACAUCUUAUCGAACAUCAGGGAAUUCAUUCUGGGGAAAAAUCCUACCAGUGUAAGGAAUGUCAGAAGGCUUUUUGCCAUAGCACCUCACUAAUCCGACAUCAGAGAACUCACACUGGAGAAAAACCCUAUAAAUGCACGGAAUGUGGAAAAGCCUUCAGUCAUACCCCAGCCUUCAUUCAACAUCAGAGAAUUCAUACUGGAGAGAAACCCUAUGAAUGUAAUGAAUGUGGAAAGGCCUUCAAUCGGAGUGCACAUCUUACUGAACACCAGAAAUCUCAUACUGGAGAGAAACCUUACAUUUGUAAGGAAUGUGGAAAAACCUUCAGCAGAAGCACACACCUUACUGAACAUCUAAAAAUUCAUUCUGGUGAGAAGCCCUAUCUAUGUAAUCUAUGUCAAAAACGAUUUUGCUAUAGAACAUCACUAAUUCGACAUCAGAGAACUCAUACAGGAGAGAAACCCUACCAGUGUGAUGAAUGUGGGAAAUCUUUCAGUUUAAGUUCAGCCCUUACUAAACAUAAGCAAACACACACAGGGGAGAAACCUUAUAAAUGUAAUAAAUGUAGUGAUGUUUUUUGUCAUAGUACAUCUUUAAUUCGACAUCAAAGAACUCAUUUUAGAAAUGAAAUCCUAUCAGAGUAAUGCAUGUGGGGAGCCUGCAGCCAUAGGUCAUCGCUUAUACCUGAACACUCAGUGGUAAGAAAUUCCAGGAUUGUUAAUGCAAGAAAAACUUAAGGCAAAAUGUUCAUUUUGUUUAUACUGAGAAAAAGCAUUGUUCUUGCAAUUAAUCCUGAAAAUGUGUUUUCGUUCAGAUAAAAACUUAUAAUGGAAUUAUCCCCAACCUGGUUUGUUUUGAAAAACACAUUUGGAAAAUUAUUUAGAAAUAUUUUAUUACAUAUUUAUUUAUUUGCUUAUAAUUAAAGGUUUUUCAGGCACAAAGUUUUAGUGGGAUGAUGAAAAUUGUUUAUAUAUCAUCUUUUAUCCUUUUAGUAAUUCUCAUGUUAUUCUUCACUGUUAAAGAAACCCCUUUGUAGCAGGUUUGAGUUUUUUAAAUUAACAAGUUUGUCUAAUAGCCAUAUAAGAGAAUACGUCACAGAGAAAUGUGCAUUAUUUUCUAGUAUUCAUGAAAUAUUUUUAAUGGAAUAUAUGUGUGUGUGUGUGUGUGUG